CAACUCAAACAACGUCGCAAGAUAUGGAAGUCAUCAACUACAUACUAAGUGUUGUUAUAUAAGCUCAAUAGCGUCAGUUACAGUACCGUGUAAAUCCGCCUACUGCUUAACGAUGGACGCAUGCGACCUGAUGUGUAUGCUACAAUAGUAUAUAUACCGCGUCCAGUUGUCUAACCGAAUACAUCCCCAACUACAGAUGCCCUCUGUGUCAUUUCACCUUUAACAGUCCAACACAGCACCAGACAGAGAAUACAAGGAUUCGCCAUGAUUUCUAUGGCUAAGAUAGGAACAAUGUUCCUUUUGUUAGGGUUAACAUUCACUUUUGGAAUAACUCCGCUAUGGCUUUUAAAGGUGAUGUCGAACAAAAUGAAAAAUCUUUCCAGGCUUCAAUAUUUCGUUGGUUUGAUGAAUUGUUUUGCGGGAGGCGUUUUUCUUGGCACUUCCAUCCUCCAUCUUAUUCAGGAAUCAAUGGAGACGGUUGCUGAAGCUUUACCGGAAGUAGAAUAUCCGUUAUCAGGGGUGCUGAUUGGUGCUGGAUUUUUUAUCGUGUUAGGAUUAGAACACAUCAUAGGACUGGCCAGUAAAGGCAACGAUAGUCCUUUUCUUGACCAUGGACACGAUCACGGUGAUAAGGAUAAUGUCUUGCGUGAAAAGAUAUCCAAAACAGAUGUUGAAGCCCCCAAAGAUUACAGAGUCAAUGGUAAAAUCAAUACAGUUUUUGCGUCAGAUGAAACAAAAAGUGAAGAAAUAUGUUCAGAAGCUUCCCAAACAAUAGGAGAAACUGCCUUCAGUAAGGAUGAAACACAUGAAACAUCACAGACAGAUUCCCCCGCUAUUGACAGCACAAAAAACAAUUCGGAAACUUUGGACAUUUCUGGUGAUGGUCGUUCUAAAACUACAAAACGAAUCCGAACGAUUAUUCUUGUAAUCGCCCUUUCGAUACAUAUGAUAUUCGAAGGCAUGGCGAUAGGUCUUCAGGACACCGAGGUUGGUAUAUGGACACUCACGAUAGCCAUUUCUAUCCACAAGAUCAUAGUUGUGUUCAGUGUUUGCAUGAAGAUGAAAGAAAUUAUCGACAGUAACAUUCAGAUCAUUAUAUAUGUCCUUUACCUGGCUUCAGUGUCACCGAUAGGAAUCGCGAUUGGCAUCGCUAUAUCCAAUUCAGGUUCGACAGGUUCCGCACAGGAUAUCAGUUCCGGGGUCCUACAAAGUCUGGCCGCUGGAACCUUUGUUUACGUAACAUUCUUUGAAAUUCUGCAAAAAGAAUUAUCAAACGGUUACAGUUUGUUGAAAGUUUUUCUAACACUUCUUGGAUUCGCGGCGAUGGCUGGCCUCAAAGUAUUGGACAAAGAUUAACCUGUUUUAUUUGGCCAUGACAUAACUACAUGGUAAUCAACAUUUCGCUGUAUUGGUACUGGUAUUUUUCAUUGAAGUCCUCAUUAUCGUAGAAACAUUCACUUUUUUGAACGAAUUUAGUUUAGUAAUGUAUUGGAUUUGUAAUAAUAGAACGGAAGAAAAGGUUUGGCUGUUUUAUGUGAAAAUAAACGUAAUUUCAUGCAUAUAAGUAACCAUACAAAGUAUGAAACUCUAUUUAUGAUGGAAAAAAUGAUUUUACUGCAAUAUAUUAAUUAAUUGCUGUUUCGGCUGCUAAGGGAAUCUCGACAACUGUAAGUAAAGGUAUAAAAUCCAUUUCUAAAUGUCUAAAAUGUCAAAGGUACUUUAUCAAUUUUGUGGCACCAUAAUGAUUUGGAAAGGUACUAAAACGUUACAUAAGUUAUGUGUACACUGCAUUUUUCAUGCAAGCCGUCUUAUAGCUAAAAUGACAUCACAUUAAAAAAUGCAAGGCAUAUGGAAUUAUCUUCUGUUUUGUACAUUUUGUAUACAUUUGGAACUAUUUUCGCAUUAUUAAUAUCCUCUCUUUAAUCCGAGUUCUAUUUCCGCCAUUAAAAUGAUGGAAGUCUGCUUUAUAUAAAUGCCCGAUGUCAUUGAAGAACAGUUGAAUUAUCAUUACUUAUCAUAUGAAUUUUGUUUAUAUUUACAUAUACUGAUACCGCAAAGUUUCAAUAUUUAGAUUUUUGUUGUUCUUGAAUUUAGUUUUUAUCCGUUUUUUAUGUUUCUUGUUUAUAUUGAACGCUAUGCGACAACAAUAAAAUUCAUGUAUAAACCGUUGAAAUGUCUUUGCAAAAGUAACCGUAGUCGUUAGAAGACGAUUUGGUGAGGUUAAUGGUACUUUCAGGUCUGCCGGAUUAUUUUUAUGAGUAUUUAUAAUUUGUUAAGACAGCUUUGCAAAAGUAGCUAAAGAUGAUUAUUAUGUGUUUGAACAGAUUUAAUAAGAAAUUAUACAUUGAAAGCUAUGGUGAUUCCGUUCAAGUGCUGGUGAAGCUGAGGUAGAAGCUGAGGUCUUGCCGUAACUACACAGCAUACACUAGAUUUUUAUCUAAAUACAUAUCUGAUAGAAGGUAUAUAAGCAAUUCUUACCGCAAACUGCUGAGGAACGUAGAAGUAUAAAAGUGUCGAAGUCAGAUCGCUUUAUAGCGAUUGAUAAUCAAAGAAAAACGCCAGGAGAGUGAAGUAUUUCAUUUUGUGCAUUGUGGCAAAAUGUAUACAUUUCCGUCUUUCUUUCAAAGUUGUUAUAUCCAUAACAUGUCUUUUCGCAUAGGCUUAGAAUGACCUUUCCCUUCCCAUGGUAGACAGGAUAACUAGCUCGUUUAUAUAACUUACGAGUGUAAGGCCAUCUAUAUCAUAACGCUACUCUAGCCAAAUUUCACUGAAUUAUCUUCAAUUCUGAGCAUGCAUCGUGUUGAAUCAGGGACCUUGCUUUUCUUAUAUAAUUUUCUGAACUGCUUUUCAAUUUCGGCAAAAUUGUUACGCGAAAUGCAUGCUAAAGGAGAACACAACUAGUUCGUGUUGUUUACGAAUGUUAUAUCAAAUAACCAUGGCAUUAUGCAGCUGUUUCGAUAUACACAUACAGAUUGACUUUGUUUGAAACUUGAAAUGAUAUCGCUGGAUAUUGCAAUUAUCCCCUCCUUAACCGAGAAGUAGUUAGAAUGAGCAAGCUGUCAAUUUUAAACAAUUAGCUUGUUAUAUGGAGAUUUUGUGUGUGUGUGUUUUAAUGACAUGGAUAAUAUACAAUCAAUGGUUUUAAGUUUCAGACUAUCAAAUAGCAAGUUUUGGACAAUUAUUCACUUGAAUUCAACAGGAAUCUCUUGUAGCGAAAUAUACGAAAUUUCUUGUUGAUUUUUUUCAUUAGCAUUUUUAAAUUAAAACAAAUAUGAAAACAUUUUUAUUUUCUGUAUAUAUAAUGUUAUGCAUAUUCUAAAAUAUGUAACUCAGAGAAAAAUGACAUAAAUUUAUACUUCAGUUGUGAAUAAACAUGUAUUGGUUAUGUUUAAAAUUG